AUUUUGAUCAAAUUAGAGACAACUACGCUUCCCACAUCUAUUGUAAAUGAACCAGCCAUGUUCUCAGCUCCUGGUCUGCACCGCUAACACAACAUCCACUUCGUGUCUGGUUAAAAUAGCAGCUGAAAAUCUCAGCUGAGCUGCCCAGAUCCGUCUUUAAAUUAAGCUUGAUACCCCUCUCUCCCACUCCAUCAUUUACCAUCUUUCUCACAUCGUCACAAACCAGAAGACUCAAUUCAAUUCAAUACCAAGUCCCAGGCCUAAUAUUCUCAAAAUGCCAGUCCAAGUCCUCCAAGACCCCGGCGAAGUUUUCGAGGCCAUUAUGAACAGCCCAAAGCCAGUCGUUGUGCAUUACUGGGCUCCCUGGAUGGGAGAAGAGUCGUCAUUAACUCCCAUUUUUUGGGAGGCGGAUGAAGACCGUGGAGGGAAUGUUGAGUUCGUCAUUGUGGACAGUGGAUUUAUUCAUCCUCAGCAUAGCCCAGAUGAGAUGCCCUUGACGGUUCUCUAUAAGGAUGGUGAGGAGGUAGAUACUGCUUCGUUUGAUCCUAUUGAGACCCAAGAACUUAUUGAAAAAGCAUAAGGGGCUGAAAGUUGGGAUGAUAUUAUGUGAGGAAAUAUAGUUGUUGUAUUUAAUUAUCACAGCUCAUGAUUUACCUGGAAUGAUGAUUUGACACUAUUAAUAAAAAUAUCAAAAUUGUCACGGUGC